UUCGAUGCUAAUGUCGUGUAACACAGCGAUGAACUGAUCUAGUAACACCCAGUCGUGGACAGAUGUUGAACGCCCAAUCGUUUUCAGUUUUUCCUGAAGCAUCGAGACACCACACGCGGCCACGCCCGACCCAACCCAAUCAUGCAAUGCUCACGUAGGCCGGUACAGAUAUAUAUGGGCGCGAUCGAGAGGCAGCUCAAGUGUGUGAUCGUCUCCGGCGAGCCUAAAUACGGCGGCGUGGCGAGAUGGCGGGGCACGGGGAGCGGCUGACCGUGGUGCCGACGGUGACGACGCUGGCCGCGAUGAAGUUGCGGCUGGCCGGCGCCACCCGCGGCCACGCGCUGCUCAAGAAGAAGUCGGACGCACUCACGGUGCAGUUCCGCGCCAUCCUCAAGCGCAUCGUGUCAGCCAAGGAGGCCAUGGGCGACGCCAUGCGCGCGGCCUCGCUCUCCCUCGCCGAGGCGCUCUACGUCGCAGGCGCGCCGCUCCGCCACGUCGUGCAGCAGUCCGUCGCCGGCCCCGCCCGCAUCCGCGUGCGCGCGCACCACGACAACAUCGCCGGCGUCCGCCUCCCACGCUUCGAGCACUACCUGGCCGUCGGCGCCGGUGGUUCGUCAACGUCGCUCGCAGGGCUCGCCGGCGGCGGGCAGCAGGUGUCCGCCUGCCGCGCGGCGUACGCCCGCGUCGUGGAGGUGCUGGUGGAGCUGGCGUCGCUGCAGACGUCGUUCCUGACGCUGGACACGGCGAUCAAGGUGACCAACCGGCGCGUGAACGCGCUGGAGAGCGUGGUGAAGCCGCGGCUGGAGAACACCAUCGUCUACAUCAAGGCCGAGCUCGACGAGCUGGAGAGGGAGGAGUUCUUCCGCCUCAAGAAGAUGCAGAGCUACAAGCAGCGCGAGCUCGAGCGCCAGAUGGAGUCCGCCAGGCGCUACGCCGAGGAGAAGGUCGCUGGCAAGGUCGCGCUCAAACACGGCGUCUCCGUCGGCACCGCCACCAGCAUGCUGGACAACGGCGACAGGGACGAGGACAUCAUCUUCUGAUGCUCCAG